GUGUGUGUGCGCGCGCAAGAGUGGGACCGCGGCCGGUGCUACCGGCGCCUCCCCCGCCCUUCCCCCCUCCCUCCGCUUCGCCCCGUUCCUCCCUUCCCCCCCCGCCCCGGCCCCGUUCCCCCGCAGCCGGGCGGGGGAGGAGGAUGGAAACACCCUUCUACCAUGAUGAUGUGUUGAGCGGCCUCGGCAGCGGCUUCGCCCCGUCCUCCGGUAGCAGCGGGCUCCUCCUGCCCUUCCACGGCGGCAGCAUGAUGAAGAAGGACGCGCUCGGGAUGGCCUUACCGGAGCAGGUGGCGGCGGCGUUGAAAGCACCGGGAGCGGCGAGCGGCGAAGCGGCGGGUUUGCUGGGCUCGGCCGAGCUGGGUCUGCUGAAGCUGGCCUCUCCCGAGCUGGAGCGGCUCAUCAUCCAGUCCAACGGGCUGGUGACCACCACCCCCACCAGCGGCCAGUUCCUCUACCCCAAAGCGGCCGCCUCCGAGGAGCAGGAGUUCGCCGAGGGCUUCGUGAAGGCGCUGGAGGACUUGCACAAGCAGAACCAGCUGGGCGGCGGCGCGGCGGGAAGCGGCGGCGGCGGUGGAGGAGGCGGCGGCGGCGGCGGAGGAGGAAGCAGCGGCGGGGCGGGCGAGCUGCCCGCCGCCGGCCUGGCCCCGGAGCCGCCGGUGUACGCCAACCUCAGCAGCUACCCGGCGGUGAGCUACGCCGCCGACCCCGGCCCCUUCGCAGCCCCGCCGCCGCGGCUCCCCCCGCCGCCUCCCCCGCCGCCGUUAAAGGACGAACCCCAGAUCGUCCCGGAGGUGCCGAGCUUCGGGGAGAGCCCGCCGCUCUCCCCCAUCGACAUGGACACGCAGGAGCGCAUCAAGGCGGAACGAAAGCGGCUGAGGAACCGCAUCGCCGCCUCCAAGUGCCGCAAGAGGAAGCUGGAGCGGAUCUCCCGCCUGGAGGAGAAGGUGAAGAGCCUCAAGAGCCAGAACACGGAGCUGGCGUCUACCGCCAGCCUCCUCCGCGAGCAGGUCGCCCAGCUCAAGCAGAAGGUCCUCAGCCACGUCAACAGCGGCUGCCAGCUCCUGCCCCAGCACCAGCACCAGGUGCCGGCGUACUGACCCGCGGGGCGCCGAGGGGCUUCCCCCGGGGCGCGGACUGAGGGGACCCCCGGGCUCCCCCUCACGCUUCUCCCGGGGCACGGACUGAAGUGACCCGGGUUCCCCAGGCACGGACUGAGGGGAUCCCGGGCUCCCCCUCACGCUUCCCGGGGCACAGACUGAGGGGAUCCGGGUUCCCCGGGGCACGGACUAGGAGGAUCCGCGUCCCCUUCGCGCUUCCCCGCCAUUCCCGGGGCACGGACGGACUGAGAGGACCCGGGCUCCCCUCACGCUUCCCCCGGGCACGGACUGAGGGUGUGAGGGGAGAAGGACCGUGUUCCCGAGGCGGGGGACGCCGCCUUCCCGCCCCGCCGCCGGACUGAGGGUGCGAGGGGAGGGAGAAGGACCGUGUUCCUGAGGGAGGGGGGACGAAGCCGCCCUUCCCGGACUAAGGGGGGAGCCCGGGGCCGCCCCCCGCAUGGGACUCGCCCGAGACAUUCCAGUCAGGCCCCAGUAAAUCCCCCCCUCUCCGCCACACGGAGA